AUGAGUAAUGCAACUCUGCCGCAUGCCGUUGCCCUCGCGCAGGAGCUGGAGACGGAGCUCCGGCACCUCGAUGCCCUGCAACGACACUAUACACAGCUGCUUGUUCAUCAGCUGAGUAGCCUUGAUUUUCUCGACGGUAGUGACUCUGCCACUACGGUUGCUGCAGGGGAACCUACCAUGGUUCACAACGGGGGCUAUGUAGCUGCCAAGCCUGAAGCGGUUACUACUCCCUGCAUUACACAGCCUUUGGCAGCCACCAGCGAGCCACCACCACCGCCACCACCGCCAAAACGAAGGGGCCGGAGUACCGCAAAACCAGCGACGCCUCGGCGAAAGGCGGACACCACCCGCAGCGCUCUGCCUCGACAACAGCCCCAUGUCGCAGCCGCACCGCCUGUGCCUUCUUCACUGAACGACAAGGCGGCACAACGAGCGCGAUGGGCGCUGCGACUCCUUCGCGAGGAACGGGAUGCCUACUUCAAUGCGAAAGCCCGGCGUGCUGAGGAGCUGCUGCGCGAGGGGCGUGAGGCUGCGCAGAAAAGCCGCGCACGUCGGCAGGCUGAAGCGAUACAGUCCCUACCCAAGUCUGGAUGA